GACAGAUUUUCCCAGCAGCCACUAAGCAUGGCCCUUUGGUAAUAGAAUAGCCAAUGUAAUUUGACACUUCAACUUGCUCUGCUCUCUGCUAGUUGAUUCAGUUACAUACUCACCCACAAACGUUUAGGUCCCUUUCUCUCUGUGAGGAAAAAAGAAGAUAUUUUAAAAGAUCGGAAAAUUAUUAGGAAUUUCUGUACCUUUGCCUGUCUCGGAUCCGUAAUAUAUAUUGCUUGGAAAAGGUUAACAAGUGGGGCGUCUUCAACGGAACAUGUGAAGGGAGGGGGGGGGGGGACGGCGCAGAAGAAUCCAAUCUUCUAAGGCAGGCGGAGUGGAGAACUUUAAUGGCUUUCAGGUAGAAUCCAAGGAGAGACAAUAAAAAUGAACACUAUACCGUCUAUGGAUAGGCACAUACAGCAGACCAACGACCGGCUGCUGUGUAUAAAACAGCACUUACAAAAUCCAGCAAAUUUCCAGACGGCGGCCACGGAGCUCCUGGACUGGUGUGGUGAUCCACGGGCAUUCCAGCGACCUUUCGAGCAGAGUCUGAUGGGCUGUUUGACGGUUGUCAGCAGAGUAGCUGCACAGCAAGGGUAUGACUUGGAUCUUGGAUACAGACUUCUUGCUGUAUGUGCAGCAAACAGGGACAAAUUUACUCCAAAGUCAGCAGAGACCAACACCUGCAGGAGAUGUCAGAAUGAUACAGCCCUCCUGUCAUCGUGGUGUGAAGAAUUGGGGCGACUAUUGCUUCUCCGUCACCAGAAGAACCGUCAGAGCGAACCUCCAGGGAAAAUACCCAUGCAGCCGCCCAUGAACUCUAUGAACUCCAUGGGCUCCAUGAAGCCCACACUCUCGCACGGUGAUGGGUCCUUUCCCUAUGACUCAGUUCCCUGGCAACAAAAUACUAAUCAGCCCCCAGGUUCAUUGUCUGUGGUUACAACGGUUUGGGGUGUAACCAACACUUCUCAAAGCCAGGUGCUGGGAAAUCCAAUGGCAAAUGCUAACAACCCCAUGAACCCUGGUGGUAAUCCCAUGGCGUCUGGGAUGUCCACCAACAAUCCUGGCAUGAACUCACCUCAGUUCCCUGGUCAGCAGCAACAGUUCUCAGCCAAGACUGGCUCAAAUCAACAAUACAUGCAGCAGGGCAUGUAUGGACGGCCUAGUUACCCAGGAGGGGGAGGCUUUGGAGGGAGUUAUCCAGGUGGUCCAAAUACUCCAGGCGGUAUGGGUAUUCCCCAGCACACACGGCCUUCAAAUGAUUUCACCCAGCCUGCCGCUGCUGCUGCCGCUGCAGCAGUUGCUGCUGCUGCUGCCACGGCAACCGCCACCGCCACCGCCACUGUGGCAGCACUCCAGGAAACCCAGAACAAGGACAUGAACCAGUAUGGAUCGGUGUGUUCUUCUUUCCAGAUGGGGCCAACCCAGACCUAUAACAACCAGUAUAUGAACCAGCCUGGUCCUCGUGGGCCCCCUUCCAUGCCAGGCCAAAUGAACCCUGCUAGUAUGGGGGCGGGCAUGACGGCUUCCAACAUGAGCGGCCCACCCAUGGGCAUGAACCAGCCAAGGCCUCCAGGAAUGAACCCCUUUGGAAACCACAGCCAGAGAAUGCCUCAGCAGGGCUAUCCAGGUCCAAGGCCCCAGUCAAUGCCUAUGCCAGGGAUGAAGAGGCCUUACCCAGGAGAGCCAAACUAUGGAAGCCAGCAGUAUGGACCAAACAGCCAGUUUCAAAACCAGCCUGGCCAAUAUCCAACUCCCAACCCUCCAAGACCCUUGCCGUCCCCCAACUACCCCGGCCAGAGGAUGCCAGGCCAACAGAGUACAGGCCAGUACCCUCCAGCCAGUGUCAGCAUGGGCCAGUAUUACAAGCAAGAGCCAUUUAACGGUCAGAGCAACAAUUUUUCUGGGAGUGGCUACACAUACAGUCAAGGAAGUCUAAAUGGGCCUCCAAGGCCUUCAGCAAACUACCCACACUCUCCUGUUCCCGGAAACCCCACACCACCUAUGACACCGGGAAGCAAUAUUCCACCGUAUCUGUCACCUAAUCAGGAUGUCAAACCACCAUUCCCACCAGACAUCAAACCAAAUAUCAAUGCCCUCCCCCCACCUCUGAAUACAAAAGGGAAAGUUCACGCUUUCUCUCCCUCUUCGAUCCCAGCCAACCCCAACGAUGAGCUGCGGCUGACAUUCCCUGUGAGGGAUGGUGUUGUAUUGGAGCCCUUCCGAUUGGAACACAACCUGGCAGUCAGCAACCACGUCUUCCACCUGCGGCCAUCUGUCCACCAGACACUCAUGUGGAGGUCUGACUUGGAGCUCCAGUUCAAGUGUUACCACCAUGAAGACAGGCAGAUGAACACAAACUGGCCAGCAUCGGUGCAGGUCAGCGUCAACGCUACGCCACUCACAAUCGAGCGGGGUGACAACAAGACUUCCCACAAGCCUCUGCACCUAAAACAUGUCUGUCAGCCAGGAAGAAACACAAUUCAGAUCACAGUCACAGCCUGCUGUUGUUCGCACUUGUUCGUACUGCAGCUGGUACACAGGCCCUCUGUCCGAUCGGUUCUUCAAGGCUUGCUGAAGAAGCGUCUUCUCCCGGCUGAGCACUGCAUCACGAAAAUUAAGAGGAACUUCAGCAGUGUAGCAGCUUCCUCGGGCAAUGCCACAUUAAACGGUGAGGACGGAGUGGAACAGACGGCUAUCAAAGUAUCCCUAAAAUGUCCAAUUACUUUCCGGCGGAUUCAGCUUCCAGCAAGAGGCCAUGACUGUAAACACGUACAGUGUUUUGAUCUGGAAUCAUAUUUGCAAUUGAACUGUGAACGAGGAACGUGGCGGUGUCCUGUAUGCAAUAAAACGGCACUACUUGAGGGCCUGGAGGUUGACCAAUACAUGUGGGGAAUCCUAAAUGCAAUUCAGAAUUCGGAAUUUGAAGAGGUCACCAUUGAUCCUACUUGUAGUUGGAGGCCAGUACCAAUUAAGUCAGACAUCCACAUCAAGGAGGACCCAGAUGGACCAUUAUCAAAGCGGUUUAAAACUAUGAGUCCCAGCCAGAUGAUCAUGCCCAAUGUGAUGGAAAUGAUUGCAGCCCUGGGUCCAGGUCCCUCGCACUAUCCAUCACUACCGCCUCCACCAGGAGGAAAUGGUGAAUAUGGUAGCCAAGGCAUCAGUUAUCAAGGACACCACAGCUUUGACUUUCCCCAUGGUAACCCCGGUGGUACGUCUAUGAAUGACUUCAUGCACGGACCACAGCUGUCUCACCCACCUGACAUGCCCAACAACCUCAUGACUUCUGACAAGCCACUCAGCCACUCUAUGCCUGAAACAAUCCCUCAUCCUGGCAGCACUGAUCAGUCCCAUAGUUCCAUGCAGCAAAGUUUGCAUGCACCUCCUCACCCCAGCAGCCAGUCAGGGCAGCCAUUACAUCACAGUGGUCCUCCCCAGCAGUUACGGCAGCCGCUUCCACAGCCCGGUUCUAACAACCAUCCACACAGCGACCUGACCUUUAACCCCUCAGCCUUAGAAGGUCAGGCUGGUGGGCAGGGACCGCCUGACAUGCCGGAACCCUCACUGGAUCUUCUCCCAGAGCUUGCGAACCCUGACGAGCUGCUAUCAUAUCUGGACCCUCCUGACUUGCCAAGCAAUAGUAACGAAGAUCUUCUUUCUCUCUUUGAAAACAAUUAAAGCUCUGCCCCCUCCUCCAAAAAACUAAACAAAAACAUGAAUCUUCUGGUUGUAGCCAUACAACAAGUCAACCACAAAUUUUUCACAGGAGCUAAUUACUAAAAUAAACAAACACAGAUGCACUCCCCUGCUCUUCUUCCUCUCAGAACUGUCUUCUUAGCCAGAUAAACUGACUGAAAGUAGCCGGAGACGCAAACAAUACAUCAGUCUGAUUGGCUGCAUUGUGUGUACUUCUUGAACAUUUGAAACUGUGCAGCUAUAUUCAAUCCUUUGUAAAUCACAUAGAAAGAGUGCUAUAAGAAUCAUAGACAGAUGUGUCGUAGCAUUUUAUUUUAGAGAAGAUAAUGGCAUGGACUGCCCAUUCUGGCCAGUGUCUGAAAGCCUGUCGACCAAUGUUCUUCCAGUCCUAGAACCUGUGACUUCUCUAGUCAACUGCACCUUUGCCAACUGACAUCCCAACGAAUAACAGUGUACCACUGGCCCCAAGAGCAACAUUCAAAGCACAAGAGGUUAUGUGAAACUCCAAAAGACAGCAAAACCUUAAAGGGAAGUGCUCAUGCAACGCAAUCAACUUUGGAGGAGUCACCUAUGGAUGAACAUAUAGGCAAUCCCAGAACAUUUGUGGGGAUUUGACAUUACAAAGCAAAAGGCGCAGAAAAAAGAGAAUUUUGCCAGCACAAACGCAAAUGCAGCCAUUAUGGUUGAAAACUCAUUGUGGUGUGUAUAAGGCAAAAGUGAGACUAUGGUCGACGACAGUGAGUGUUUAUUCUGUCUUUUUUGUUUAUUUGUUUGUUUGUUUUUGUUUUUCUGAACAUGAAAACUCCUCUUCACUGCACAAUAAACAGAUCAGUACUGGUGAGCCACUAAUCCCUCCUAGGAGGCAGCAAAUUAACUUUCCCUCCCCCACUGUCUUCUGUAAUUCACUGGACUGGGCAUUCAGCAGAUCCCAAUGUUUUUUUUUUUUUGUUUGUUUUUUUUAAGCAAGACUGUUACAUAUUGGCCUAGUUCCUAAGUUUCCUACCAGGAGUUUUAUAUAAACAAAAAUAAUCCACUUAUUAGAUUAUUAUUACUAUUACUGCCCUGAAUAGACCUCAGUGCCAGAGUCACUGUAUUGCACCCUUGCCUUGUGCUUCUCUUAUGUGGUUGCUUAUCCUGCAUGAGCCUUGUGUCGCUCUUGUACCCAUUUUGUGGCAUUUGUCUCUCUUCUUGAUGAAUUAUGUACAGUAAGUUGUCUAAAAAAGUGCAUGUGUGCCAAUUUUGCCCUUGUUCGGUGAUAUUCCCAGCUAAAACAUUCAUUCUUUCUUCAACACUAAUUUUGCUUGGAAUCUUGAAGUGCCAGAGAGAUCGUUUUCUGUUUUUUUUUUCUUUGUUUUUUUUUGUCCAUUUUUUAAUGAAUAUAUAAUUUUUUUUAUUAUUAUUUUUUUUUUUUUUGCAGUGAUGCAAAUGGUAUACAAUGAAUUUACCAUUGGGGGGAUUGCUUUAUAUCACCAAAGUUAUCUUUGUAAAAAAAAAAGUUAUUUUAUUCAAAAAAAAAAAGUUAUAUCUAUUUCACCACUGCUGUAGAUGCAUCAUAAAUGUAUGGUAGCCCCCAGUACUUUGCUGUAGAUAUUAAAACAAAUGGCUAACUGCCUUUUUAUUUCUGGAACUGUAAAGGUCAUCUAGAGAAGUUCCCAUCUUUUUUUUUUCUAUUUCGAGUUUUAAAAGAAAACCGCUGUUCAGUAUGCAAAAUGAUUAUUUUAAAAAUGCUAUUGUAAAUAUCUUUGUGAAUAUUUUAGUAUCGUCUUUGAUAAUGUUCAACAUUUUCAUGAUUGGGUGUCCAUUGUUGGUUUUCAGUACCUUCUCUGGUAAGCUUUUGUCCCUUGUUAAAGGAGGGUUGUUCUAUAAAGCAGCGAGACAUUGAAAGAAUGUCUCCAUAAGCUAUUUUGUCCAGGUUUACUUUUCUCCUACCAAGAUUUUAGAGUUAAUUGAAAUGAGAAGUAUAUAACAGAUGUAUUUGUCUCUUUAGAAUUUGUAUCACAGAUAUGGAACAAAGACAAAUCUGCAAAGGGCUUGGCACAAUUUUAAAUCAGAACAGCCUUACCCUUUCAAGACCAAUUGGCAACCUUUAUAUGACAUAGGAAAUGGUCAAUUAUACAUUUGUAACCCUAUUAUAACCAUGUUGUCUGGGCUGUAAUAAGUCUGAUCAAUUGCUAUUUUCUGUCAGUUUGUAUGUAUAGAUGUUUGACUCUUCAUUUGUCUUAAAGAAAGAGUUACAUGGGCAGGAUUUGAGCUGUGCUGUCAUCUAAAUCAACAUAUUACACAAAAUAUUAAAAGCUGAGUGCACCCUGGUUGAUAUGUCGGUAAUAUUUAAAAAUGUAUUUAUUUAGUAUGUUACAGCUUUACAUUUAUCAAUACAAUUUGUAUUUUGUAUUUUUGUUAUCUCUAGUGAAAGAUAAAGACCAUUUAAAUAUUGUAUCUCGUAUGUUGGUAUGUUUUUGAUUUUUUUAUAUAUUUUUUUUAUAAAUACAUGAUUUUAGUAACUAAAAAAGUAAAGCUAGUACUCCUUA